ACGAGUUUAGUUGUCUUGGGCCUGGACGAGGAAUCCUGCUAGCGAGAAAGGAGAGCAGACCCAGACCAGCCGGUUGUCAAGCAUGGCCAACCCUGCCCUGAUAGCUUCGGGCGCCUUGAUUGGAGGUGGUCUGGCUCUGGUCUCCGUACCUGUGGUUCUGGGAACCGCUGGCUUCACUGGGGCUGGCAUAGCCGCGGGCUCCCUCGCAGCAAAGAUGAUGGCGACUGCGGCAGUGGCUAAUGGGGGAGGAAUCGCUUCGGGCAGCCUGGUGGCCGUGCUGCAGUCUGUGGGGGCUGGCGGCCUGUCUGCAAGUACGAGUGCUCUGCUGGGUUCUGCAGGUUCGGCCCUAGGGAGUGCCCUGGCUUACUGGAGCAGCAAGUAAUAGCCCCCUGUGCCCUCGGACCAUGGGGAAGAAGGCCCAGGAGCCAUCCUUAGAGAAACAGGCAAAUAAAGACUUAAUUUGAA